AUGAAGCUGUUCUGGAGAAUCUCUCACUUUUCCGACCUGCUCUGCCAUUCCCAUCGGUCUUCUUCUACCUUGAAGACUCGAACCCCUUUCUGCUUUACCCUCUUCAGGUCCCCUGUACACCCUCCUUCCCAUCGAAACCUCACCCGGAGCUCCUCCAAACGGAACCAUCAUCAUCCUCGCAUUCCUCUAUUCAACCACCGUGGUUCGCCAUCUCCGUCCCCUGGGGAUGUUUUGAUCAGGAGAGUGUCGGAACUGAAAAGAGAAUUGUUGCUCUACUGUAACGAUUCCGAUAAGGUUGCAACUCUUCUGGAGGCAUUCUCAAUCGAAGGAGACGCUUUUGUUGAGCUCCUGAGGCAAUUACGUCCAUGGCCCGUUUUGUCUCAAGUGGUCUUCGACUGGAGAAGAAACAAUGCACUAUGCGGUGGGGUGCCUUUGACACCUGAUGAAUACUCAAAGGGAAUCACUCUUUCUGGAAGAUUAAAGAAUGUGGAUAUGGCCGUUUUGUUGUUUAACGAGUCUGCAAAGACAACCUCGGCCUACAAUGCUUUGAUGGGUGCUUACAUGUGGAAUGGUUUGGCAGAUCAAUGUAAGAAGCUCUUCUUAGACUUCAAAGCUCAACAACACUCUACUCCAUCAGUGGCGACAUAUAACAUCCUCAUUUCAGUUUAUGGCCGUUUGAUUAUGGUUGAUCGGAUGGAAGCAGUGUUCCUCGAACUUAAACAACUCAAAAUUCCUCCUGAUUCGAGCACAUACAACAACUUGAUUGCUGGGUAUAUCUAUGCUUGGAAUUGGGAUAAGAUGGUAGCAACAUUCGAGACCAUGAAGAAUGGCCCUCUGAAGCCUACGCUUGGGACUUAUUUGCUCAUGCUCAGAGGGUAUGCAAACUCGGGAAGUCUAGUACGGAUGGAGGAGAUGUAUCAAGCUGUGAAACAUCAUGUUGACAAGAGGGAGAUUAAGUUAAUCGAGUCCAUGAUAUGCGCAUACUAUAGGAGUUCUGACAAGGAUAGGAUCAAAAAAAUUAAGACUUUAUCCAGGCUUAUUCCCAAGGAAAGUUACAAGCCUUGGUUUUAUGUGCUCUUGAUACAGGUCUAUGGUCAAGAGGAUAAUCUACAUGCGAUGGAGAAUGUCAUAGACCAGGCUAUUACAAAAGGAAUCUAUAUAGAGACAGACGGUAUAUUAAGAUCGAUCGUGGCAAGUUACUUCAGGUGCGAUGCAGUAGAUAAGCUAGCUGAAUUCGUACAGCGUGCUCACUCUGCUGGGUGGAGGAUAAGCAGGUCUAUGUUCCAUGGGUUAAUGAUCAUGUACGGAUCUCAAAAGCGUUUUGAAGAGAUGGAAAAUGUUUUCUCUGAAAUGGAGAGUUUUAACAUAAGCCGGUCCAAGAAGACUCUUUGCAUACUGCAUAGAGUAUACACAACGCAUGGACAGGAAUGUAAAGUCAAUCAAGUCGCGGGAAUGAUGCUAAAGCAUGGGCAUGGUUUGCCACGGCCUUUUGACAUGUGA